AACCUUUUAUUUAUUUUUAUUUAUAAUAAUAAUAAAACACUUAUUUUUUAAAAUUAGACUUAAAAUUUAGGCACACGUUACAAAAUUAUAUAAGUGCCUACGCUAAGUGAAAAUCCUCAACUAUGAACAAUUCAAGUCAAAACGUGCCAAAAAUUCAACACUUUGAUCCUAAGUUUUUACAAGACAUUAAAAUAGGGAAACCUUUGGAUUAUUCGUCCAAAAACCUCAGGACGCUUGACAAACUAAUAAACGAGACACCGUUGUCGGCCAGAGUCCACGGAGUUCCCGUCAGAGGCGUCAACAAGAGGUUCAUCUGUGGGGCCAUUUGGUUGAAUAAUAACUAUUUGACAAGCUUGCAGGGCUUGAGCAAAUCUGUCGAAGAGCUGCUCGAAUUGCCGGCGUAUUUGAUUUGGAUUGACAUUUCUUAUAAUGAGUUUAAAAACAUUGGACAGGAAUUUCUUCACUUUAAAAAUUUGAGGAUACUGUACAUGCACGGAAACCAUAUAAAUGACAUUUUGGACAUUGUAAAACUAAAAUCACUUUUAAAACUACGAACAUUAACUCUACACGGAAAUCCGAUAUCCCGGCUAGUUAAUUAUCGUUCUCUUGUAUUGUUUUACCUUCCGCAGAUUAAAAGUUUAGACUUUUCAUUAAUCACUCGUCAGGAGAGAAGUGUUACUUCACCAAUAGCCUGUAGCACAGUGAACAAAAUUAAUUAGGGACGAUAAUAUUACAAAUAAAACAUUAUUUAACCAUAAAUAAAUAAAUAAUUUUUUAUUUAUUUCCAUUAUGAUAAUUCCUGUUUUAUUUGCCAUAAUAUAUUAUCUGUUAAUUUAUUAUUGUCAUCUGUGUAGAUUAUCGAUGAAACAACAAUUCUAUCUUGACUAGCGAUUAACAAACAAUGUUUACUUUUAAACUGUGGAAGAUAAAAAAAUGUAAUACAACGAUAAAUUAAUUAGCCACGAUAAUGGAUUUCCGUGUAGAGUUAAUGUUUGUAAUUUUAAAAGUGAUAUUCGUUUCAAAAUUUCCGAAUUGUCAUUUACUUUAUUUCCGAGCAUGUACAAAACAAUACAUCUUUUUUUCUGGAGAAAAAUCAACGGCAAAUUUAAGCUUUUAAUUAAUGGAAGAUAAAACAAAUACAAGAGAAGUGUAACAACAAUGCAUCCAUAACGAUGUUCAAAAAAAUAUCAAAUGAAUUGUAUAAUAUUGUACAUUAGGUGUAUAUUAAUUUGCAAAAUGUAUUUUUACAUCCAAAUACAACAAUAGUAUUAUAAUAGUUAUUGUACAAUGUAUUAUUUUUGUAGUUCCGUAGACGUGUAAAAACUAAUUGAAAAACAACUUAGGUAUUUUCGAGAACAUAAUAUAAUAG